GGAAACCUGCAUCGAGACGUCAACACACACACUCACACUCACAGUCGCACACACACACACAUACAGAGUUCCUUCCAUCCAGCUGGGUUUCUCGCUGGGAGAUAUGCAGCCCAGUUCAUCGCCAGACAGACGGAUUUCACUCGCACCAACAUCUAUUUCUUUUGGAUGCCUCAGCAACAAAUUACUGAGUAAGCUGUGUCGAUCCGGAUGCCAAGGUGUGAAGGAAACAAGGAGACAAGGAAAUAAGGAAGGAGACAGACAUUCCAUCACAGCCCCCGUGGAGCUGCAGCCUGGGACGAGCCUACCGGCCGUGAUUUCUAAUCUUGGAGGGAAGGCAGACCAGAGAGGAGGACGCAGGUAUGCAAGGAAUGAGUCCGCUGAGAGGCUUCCCCUGGCUUUUGAUCUUCCUCUAUGCAGCAGCUGUGUGUGCAGGUGUGGGUGGUGCAAAGGUCGAAAAUGUGUCGUCAGAAAUCUGUCGUCAUCCAUGUGAGGAGCUGGUGGGCUUGCUCACUGAGAUCCAAGGCCUGCGGAUUGUGACCAGCAACCUGCUUGAAGACCUGGAGAGAGUAUCAAGAGAAAAUGAAGAGAUGCGCAUAUCUUUGGCUGAGCUGAGCAACAGCAAUAGCAACAGUGGCAGCAGCAACAGUGGUGGCCGUGGCAAUCGCCGUGGCCAUGGCAAUGGAAAUGGCAAAGGCAGAGGCAGAGGCAUAGGCAAUGGCCGUGGCCACGGCAAUGGAAAUGGCCACGGCAAUGGCAAUGGCAAUGGCAAUGGCAAUAGUGAACAUGGGCCACUGGCAAUGGUCACGGCAAAUGCUCACCGCAUGGCCACGGCAAUGGAAAUGAGCAAUAGCCAUGGCCACGGAAUGGCUACGGCAAUGGCAAUGGGCAAUGGCAAUAGCAUGGCCCACGGGCAAUGGCCAACUGGCAAUGGCAAGUGCAAUUAG